AUGGACGACGACUAUGUCGCGCAGCUCAUGGCAAAGGAGGCUGCAGAGAACUCCAAGAAGUACUCGUUGGAAGGUCUCGGGGCUUAUCAAUCGCAGAAACGAUCUGCCAAUGCACCGAAAGCCAACACUCGGUUCCUCCGACAUCUGAUCAAAGAGACGGACAAUCAUAACACAGCUUUGAAGCGGAAAGAAGAGAGAGAUGCAGGAGACCGAAUGCGCCAGUUGAAGGACCAGGGCUCCCCACGAGAACCUCGGACCGAUCCCACCGGGACGAUCGUCGACAUGACAGUCGACGCGAUGGCCAGCGCAGUGACCAGAGUCGUUCCUACCGGAAAAGCCACCGCCAUCGUAGUCGUUCGCCAUCCUCGGGCCGGGACCGAGACCGGGAUCGGGAUCGGGACCGCAGACAUCGGCGAAGAGACGACGACCGCAGUCGAUCACGAGAUACCCAUAGAGAUAGAGAGCGCAGGACACGACGGAGAGACGACGAUCGAGAUAGAUCAAGGGGGAGAGGUCGAGACAAAGAGUACAGAGACAGUCACAGGUCAACGACUUACCGAAGGCGAAGACCCUCAGAGUCUCGCAGCCGCUCCCCACGUCGAGAUCGAAGUGCUGAACCUCACCGCAGCCGGCGUCAUCAUAAAUCUCCUUCCAAUGCCCGGUCAUCCCCGUCGAGCAGGAAAGAGGAGCGACGGCCGCGGCGUGACAAGGAUACCCGAUCUUCACACGAGUCAAAAUACCCAGCAUCUCUCGAUCCAGUCGAGAAGAUUAAUCACAAACCCGAAUCUUCGAUCCAACGACAUGACAGGGAAGAAUCAGACCCUCUUGAAGAUAUGGUUGGCCCUCUUCCGCCUCAGACGAACGGAGAAUCCGCUGCACCGGUUCGUUCGCGUGGCCGGGGCGCCUACAAAGCUAGCUCGAACGCCCUGUCGCGGGCCUCGAAACGGGGAAGAUGACUGGGACAUGGCCCUUGAGGCCUUGCGCGACCGUGCCCGGUGGAAACAAAAAGGAGAGGAGAGACUACGGGAGGCAGGCCUGAAUGAAACAAUCAUUGAGCGGUGGAAGGACAAUACAACCUCCACUGGAGCGAGCGGGGAGAAGAGACCGGAAGAUGUACGGUGGUCGAAGAAAGGAGAAGGCCGUGAAUGGGACCGAGGGAAGGUCGUGGACGAUCAGGGGCAUACGGAUGUCCAUGCCUUGUGGUAG